UUCUGCGAAAAAAUAAAAAAUGUCAAUCAACAGGUUAUCUAGUAGUUACGGUUUAAAAAACUAUAUUUUUGUCGAAGAUUUACCAAAAAUCAUAUAUUAUUUUUGAUUUCACUGUAGCUGGAUUUGCAUCGACGUAUCGACAUCUUAUUAAUUACGAUUAUUUUUAUUAAAUUUUUUCUCAAAAAGUUGUUUCUAAUCUUAAAUUUAAUUUCUUUUACUAUUCUGAAUAUAAUUAAUCAAUCCCUGUCAAACCAUCGAGGUUCAAUCACAUUGCAUUUAAUUGGUGGUUUCGGCGGUGGAACUGAUGAAGGUAAAGAUUUUGGUAAAAAUUCACCAGGCCAUAUAUGAAUUAUGUCCAAAAGAAUUAGACCAGUCAAAAUUCCAUGCAUUAAAGGUCCAACUAUUCUAAAUAAUGUACCAUGUGUUGGUGUUUUUUGAGGCCAAAUAAAUAUCAAUCGAGGAGGACCUAAUGAAAAUGCAAAUGAGUCUUCAUUUAAAAAAUAAUUUUAAAACAUGCGGUGGGAUUAUUACAACUUUGGAUAGAAUCUUUAACGCAAUAAGUUUUCUAAGUGAAUUUUCAUUUUUAAUAAAAAUGUUGUAGGUUUAAUUUGUAAUAAUUUACUCAAUAAUUAACCUGCAUAUUUUCUGGCACUAGAGGAAGCAACAUGAUAGGGAUUAACGCCUGCAGGUGCACUAAAAUUUCCAUUGAGAAAUGUCUUCUUUUUUCGAUAUCUAUAAAUUCGAGUUCCUGCAUUAUAGCUUCGUAAUUUUCGUCCUUCAAAAAACACCCUUUGGUCAUCAAAUUUUAUUUUUCCGCUUUCUAAACUUUCUUGAAAUGUUAUACUGGUUCCAGUUUUAAGAGAACUGGAAUCAUCGAUGAAACUACCACCUGAUGGAUGCACCAGGAAGGAUAAUUCCUCGGUUUUUCGGAAACUAAAGGGCGAAGAAGAGCGAUUAAAAUCAAAUCCACCUAGAUAAAUAGUGUUUUUAAUUUUAUGGGACUCACGCUUGAAUAAUUUGACUCGUAGCACCAUUUUCCACGUUUUUGAGCUCCAGGUUUCAGACUUUCGAUUUUUUUCGAGCGUCAUCGGUAUGCUUCUAAAAUUCUAAACCAUUUUGCUUCCGUCGCUCAGCUAUUUUAUUUAACAUCCUUGUUACUAAAAUGUCAACCUCUCACAUAAAUUGUCAAGAUUUGUAAUGCGGAAUUGUAACCAAUUCUUAAAAACUCAAGUGAAAUAAAAAUUUUUUCUUUCUGAUAAAUAUAUCGAAAGUUUUCCAGUACGAAUAUAGCAGAGUAUACAUUCAAUUGACUUGAAAUUAAAAGUUUAAAAUUAAUCAGUAAAGUAUAUGUUUGGGGAUCUAUAUUUUAAAAAGUUUUUCAACAAAAUAAGUAUUUGUCUUUGUGGGUUGAUAAAUUAGUUAGUUAAAAUUCUCUUCAAGGUGAUAAAAAAUAUGUUUUUUUUUUCUUAUCUAAGAAGCUGCCAGAUUAAGAAAUAAAACUUUAGUAUGAGCCAACUUCAAGUUUAAAAGAAACGUUAACAUAAAUGACAUAAACAAUAAAAAUUGAGAUAAAAAAUUUUCGGGAAUAAAUUAAUAUUACUUAGUUUUUUUGUUGAAACUUUACAAAUUUAUAAGUGAAAAGGAUAAUUAUGGCUGAUACUCAUUGUCACAAACACAACGAACCAAUUAUCGAACCUACCCGUUGUUCAGGUUGCAAAUCGGAUAUAAAAAUGUAUAAAGAGUCACCAUCUCCUGAGCUGGAAGAUGUUGUUAAUAAAUUUGUGGAUCGAAAGAGCAAUUUGGCAAAUCGUCAGCAGUACUUAAAAAAUAAAGUGUCCACCCUCGAAAGGUCACUUCCAGCAUUGAUGGCCUUCAAUAUGUGGAUCUCUGGUCAAAAAUGUGAGGAUGCUCCCAUUUGCAAAAUUCGAGAAAUUAUGAACAAAUUUUCUCCGUAUCCUGAUCCGACAGAAAAACUUCUGGACAAUUUGAAAACUACAGUCGAGGAUCUCAAUCGGGAGACUGCCGAGUUGCACGAGAAGAUAAUAACUGCAGAUGUUGAUUUAGAAGAAAGUGGAAUGGAAUUAGAAUCUCUAGAAUUAUCGAAUAAAGAACUGGGAAAUCAAUUAGAAACUUUGGAAAAGGAAGUCGAUCAAAAAUCGACUUUGAGUCUUCACUCGAUCCACUCUGAAGAUUUAGUAUGCCUGACUAGAAUUCGACAACUCGGAGAAGAAGAGAGAAGUCUGAAAUGCUGUAUAAGGCAGCUUGAAGAAAAAGAAAUGUUUUACAGAAAACAAAUGGAAUGUCUUUUAAUGUCGAAAGAGUUCCAAGAUACUUUGGGUGGAAAUCAAAUGACUAAACGAGUCAAGGAAUUGGAAACUAGUGAUAGAAAGUGGCGAUGUACUUAUCAAACUCAAAAAUAUAACAUGCACCAGUUAAAGAAGAAAAUGAUUGAAAAUGAACAAGAGCUUAGUGGAACGAAUCAAAAUCCAAGUUGGUCUGCCGAUAAAAAUCAGGAACGAGAAACUGGAGGAGUUGAUAAACUGGUAAUGGUAAAUAGGAAAGACUGCAUUUCCUGGAAUAAAAAUCUGAACAAUCCUUUUUCUGGUGGAAACCCAAACUGCCCUCCUCGAUAUUGUUGUGCGCCUUUGGUUUCAAAACAUCCAAGUUCAGAAAAAAAAUCUUGCUCCUGUUCUCAUGUCUCUCGUCUAUAUCCUAAACAAAAUUUGGAACCAGGAAAGACCAAAUUUUGUGGUGAGAAUCCACUUUGUCAACCACCUUCUUGCGAUAAAACUUCAGCCUCGUGUCCACCGAUUAAAUCUCCUUCUGGGAGAAUUCCAACUUCUGGUGGAAGAUUCUCGCCAAAUCAGGCUUGUAAAAAAGGUCCUCAUUCUAAAAAAGUAGGAUGCAGAUGUUCUUGCAAAGGAAAAUGUGCUCGUGGAAAGUCAGAACUUCCCUGUAAUUGUGGUGCAGAAUCUAAAAGUAAUUAUCAACCGAAAGCUAAAAAUAAAAACGUUCAGAAUUUUGAAAGAGUCAGUAGUGAUGAUGAAUUUUGCGAAUGUGAUUGUGGAUGUAAUAAUGAAGAUCAUCUAGGAACUUGUCUUUUCAAUUAAUUCGCCAGACAAAAUAUAAAAAGAACGAAAGGAAGAAUUUUCUAUUUCAAGCUGAAUCAUUAAUUUGUUUACUAUUUAUCGGUUAAAACUCCUCGUGAAAAGGAUAAUGCUCGUUAUCCACAGCCCUGAAAGCAAAUAAAAAUUGUUUUGUAAUAGUAAAAUACUAAAUAAAAAAUUUAAUAGAUGCAGAAAAAAAAGACUCACAUCGACAUGGCGCAGGCUCUCAUUUUUUUA